ACUGUCGUACAGUUCGAACUCCGAAGCGGAGAAGAGAAAACACAAUUUGUGUAGGAAGAAAAUACAAUCCGAAAAAGCCAUGUAAUCCGAGGAAGCCACCCUUUUUUUUUUUUUUUUCUUUUUCUUUUCUUCGUUCUGUUCUGAGGAUUUAUCAAGUUCUCUAAUUUAUAGUUCAGUACAAUUAUAAAGGAUUCGCUUUUCUCUGCAGUGAAGGGUGAUAUACAUUGUAUUAUAUCUGAAUCCUUCAACAACAACAAUAAAAAAAAAAUGGCGAAAACAGUAACAGUGCAGCCCAGCUAUGAAUUUCCACAGGCUAAUCAUUCUCCAAAUCAAAAACUAUUAAAAUUUAACAAGAAAAACGAUUUCCCCGAGGAUCUAUUUGGUAAAUUGCCAGAUGAAAUUCUAGUCUCCAUUGUGUCACUAUUGACAUUGAAAGAAGCGGCAAGAACAAGUGUCCUCUCACAUAGGUGGAGAUAUCUGUGGACAUUUACUACGGGUAGCUUGGACUUUGAUGAUUCGUUGCUGUUAUGGCUCAUGGAAUAUAGAAAGGUCAUAAAGUCUUACAGUGAAGAAAGCGAUAGGUUUGUUAGAUGGGUGAAUGAAGUAUUGAAAUUGCAUCGAGGUCCUACUAUUGAUGAAUUCAAAGUUUGUUUUUCUGUGAAUGAGAAGCACUUCAAAUUGGACAUUGAAAAUUGGAUAAGAUUUUCGCUGAGAAAGAAAGUUAAGAGACUUGUACUAGACUUAGCUCACACAAGGGAAUCUAUUAGAGUUAUCAGGCAAUACACUCUUACUGAUCAGUUUCUCCGUAGUUACCACCUUGAUUCCCUGACAACUCUCUGUUUGAAUAGUGUGCAAGUGACUGGAGAAGUUCUUGAGUAUGUUUUAUCUAAUUGUCCAUUUCUUGAAGUGUUACGUGUGGAAGCCACAGAGUCUCUUGUGAAUUUAAAGCCUUCUGGCCCUUUGCUGAAGUUAAAGCACUUAGAGAUAAUACACUGUUUUAAACUUGAAAGUUUUGAGAUUUCUGCUUUAAAUCUUGUGUCAUUUAAAUAUUACGGGCAUGUAGCAAGGAUUCUUCUAGGGGAUGUUCCUAAUAUUGUUGAGGCAUCCUAUUCACGUGCAUAUGCUUGCUCCUUAGUAACAAAUUGCAGCCAGAUUCCAAGUUAUCUCUUUCAAGUGGAGACACUUUCUCUAGACCUGUCUUUGAGGUUAUUUGAGGAUACCCCCAGAUUUCCCAUAUUCAGGAAUCUCAGGCAGCUGAGACUGACUUUAGUGGCAUCCGGUGUCGAGCCCCUCCUUUUUUGCACUUCUGUAUUAGAGGCAUCUCCUUUUUUGCAUAGAUUUGCGGUGAAGUUAACUUAUCUAAAUGGCCCAGCAGGAGAGCUGAAGGUGCUGAAGGUUGAACAUCCACACCAAUUCCUCUCAGUGUUUGAAUUGAGAGGUUUUCUUGGUUGUACAAUUGAUAUGGAGCUUGCUCUGUACAUACUCAGUAAUGCUGUGUCACUGCAGAAGAUAAUUAUCGAUACCCGUGAUCCAUAUGCAGAGGAUAUGUUUUGGGACGAAAGGGAUCCUAGAUUGAAAGAAUGGGGUACUGCUCGUGCAAGGGAACUUGCAACAAGAGUACCACCUUGGGUGGAAUUAAUGUUAUUGUAGAGCUAGCAUUGUAUACUACUAUGUAAUGGCUUGGCCAAGUGUUGUAUGGAAGAGUUUUAAGUUUA